UUGAUGUUUCUCUCCCCUAUAUAAAUCUUGCAUGCGCUUUUCUCUCAACAGUUCCGUACAUCAUUUCUCUCUACAGCUCCAUACAUCAUUUCUCUCAACUGCUAUGGUUUGGUGAAGGGCUUUUCCAAAUCAAAACGGAAAUCAAUGGCACCCCCAAAGAACCCCCCGAGAGCAAGCACGUCUUUGAACCCGGAAGCACCAGCGUAUGUACCUGCUGCUGCGAUAGCACCACCGAUGCCAAUGCCUGUUCUUGUACCGAUGCCGAUGCCGAUGCCGAUGCCAAUGCCUGUUGUUGUUGUGAGAGCCCCACCGAUGCCUACAUAUGCAGCUCUUCUGAACCCCCCACCGAUGCCAAUGCCAAUGCCCCCACCACCAAUGCCUGCUGAGCUGGAUCCACCUCCACCUGUUUAUCCUCCACCGGCUCUGCACACAAUGCCAUCAAAUCCACCUCCACCACCCGGUCUGGACAUAAUACCACCAUAUCCACCUCCACCUGUACUCGCUGUGAACCAGAGAGCACCUGCUGCCAUGGCCGAAUGGUCUCCCUUGUCGGAUGGCAUUACCACUUCAGAUCCACUCACUGAGCAAGAAAUAAACCAGCAUGUCGAGGCUGCUCUCUAUGGUCACACCAAAACUUCAUUGCCAGGUUUUCAGAAGCUCUGCAGACAGGAUAAGGAAAAGGAAUGACUACUUUCUUUCAUCACACCCUAUAAUUCUACCUUGUUUCUUGUCUUGGAAAAUUUUAAGUAGCUAGUCUGCUCUUGAUCUUACAAAUCACCAUAUAAUUCUUUCAUUCGUGUAGUUACUUCUGUUUUUGGGAUCAUAUAUGUCUUGGAAAUUUUUAAGUAGUUGAUGUUACAAAUUA